AACACAUGAUAAGAGCGAUGUCUGGACAGUGAAUAUGGGAAGCAAAACCUUACUGGCACAGAAAGGAUUUUAAAAUGGGAAAACAGGAGUUUUGAUCAGUGACGGCUGCAGGUGGAGUGUGUGUUUUUUUUUUCUCAUCACAAUGUGUGAGGGAUGGAUGCGGGUCGGAUGCCAGUUUAUUGUCUUUACGGAUACAAGGACUGGCAAGUUAUCAGCAUGAUUUACAGAGGGCAGAAAAACUGAUAUCAAUGUUACAUUUGACUCUGGAGAGAGGACCAUGGCGAAAGGGAAGGGACUGUUAUUUGCACUGCUGUACUUUAUAGCAGAGUUGUGGCUCACUUCGCAGCAGGUCCUGAGAAUAGGUGGCAUCUUUGAGACUCUUGAGAAUGACCCCGUUAGUGUUGAAGAACUGGCCUUUAAAUUUGCGGUCACCAACAUAAACAGGAACCGGACCUUAAUGCCAAACACCACAUUGACCUAUGAUAUCCAGAGAAUAAACCUCUAUGACAGUUUUGAAGCCUCAAGAAGAGCGUGCGACCAGUUGGCCCUGGGUGUUGGGGCAGUGUUCGGCCCCUCUCACAGCUCAUCAGUCAGCGCGGUCCAGUCCAUAUGUAAUGCCCUGGAAGUCCCUCACAUCCAGACACGCUGGAAACACCCCUCAGUGGACAACAGAGACAGCUUCUACAUUAACCUCUAUCCUGAAUACACCUCUAUAAGCCGAGCUGUGCUGGACAUAGUGCAGUACUACAAGUGGAAGACGGUCACUGUUGUUUAUGAAGAUGCAACGGGACUGAUUCGUUUGCAAGAGUUGAUCAAAGCUCCAUCCAGAUACAGCAUUAAAAUCAAGAUCCGCCAGCUGCCAACAGGAAGUAAAGAUGCCCGUCCUCUAUUAAAGGAGAUGAAGAAGGGAAAGGAGUUCUACGUCAUCUUUGACUGCUCUUACCAAACAUCAGCUGAUGUUCUCAAACAGAUCUUGUCCAUGGGGAUGAUGACUGAAUAUUACCACUUCUUCUUCACCACACUGGACCUGUUUGCCCUCGACUUGGAGCCGUACCGCUAUAGUGGGGUCAACAUGACGGGCUUCAGACUGCUCAACAUAGACAGCCCGCAGGUGGCCUCGGUGGUGGAGAGGUGGGCCAUGGAGCGGCUGCAGGCUCCCUCUAAAGCUGAGACUGGAAUGAUGGAGGGGAUGAUGACAACCGAAGCAGCUCUGAUGUAUGACGCUGUCUACAUGGUGGCUGCUGCCUCGCAGCGCACCUCCCAGAUCACUGUCAGCUCGCUUCAGUGCCACCGACACAAACCCUGGCGCUUUGGAUCGCGCUUUAUGAACAUGCUCAAAGAUGUGUUCCUUGGACAAAUGAACUUUCCAUUUGCAAGUGCGGACAAAGUAUUGAAGGGCAGUGGAAAGAAAGAGCCCAGAGUGUGA